UCCGGUCCAACUCCUGCCCUGUAUGCGAACAGUACGAUAUCCUUUUAUCGCAGAUGAAAGUUCAAUAUAAAAACUGAGUUAGAUCUGUCGAGUUCUCAAAAAAUCAUGCGCUUUUUCUUCACAAACCCUAAUCCGCUUUAAUUUUCUUUCCCUAUCUCGGCCCAUGGAGCAUGAAGACCCUCGAAACGGUGAGUCGACUCACUGCAGCUCCAAAAAACCCAAAAUUUCUUCCAAGUUCAUAUCCGAAGCUGAAAUCAGGGGCGAGUUCUCUCACCACCAGCCAUGUAUGGCUCGAAUCAACAACGGGAGUUUCGGUAGCUGCCCCGGUUCGGUUCUUGCGGCUCAACGCCAGUUGCAGCUCCAGUUCCUCCGACAACCUGAUGCUUUUUACUUUAAUACCCUUCGUGACGGAAUAACAGCGUCACGGAAAAUCAUAAAGGACCUCAUCAACGCCGACCACGUCGACGAGGUCUCCCUCGUUGAUAACGCCACAACCGCCGCCGCCAUCGUCCUCCAACAGAUUGGCCGUAGUUUUGCCGAAGGAAAAUUCCAGAAAAAUGACACUGUUUUAAUGCUCCACUGCGCGUUCCAAGCCGUUAAAAAAUCAAUCCAAGCGUACGUGACACGCGCCGGGGGCUCCGCCAUCGAGGUAAGGUUACCAUUCCCGGUAAAUUCAGAGGAAGAAAUAAUUUCCGAAUUCAAAAAAUCAAUCGAGAAGGGAAAAUCCAACGGUAGAAAGAUAAGAUUAGCGAUUAUCGAUCAUAUUACAUCAAUGCCAUCGGUUCUUAUUCCGGUAAAAGAAUUAGUUAGGAUUUGUAGAGCGGAAGGAAUAGAUCAGGUUUUCGUAGACGCUGCUCACGCUAUUGGGAGUGUGAAAGUAGAUGUUAAAGAAGUUGGAGCUGAUUUUUAUGUUAGCAAUUUACAUAAAUGGUUUUUUUGCCCGCCUUCUGUAGCAUUUUUAUAUUGUAAAAAUUCGAAUGUAUCCUCUGAUGUGCAUCACCCUGUUGUUUCACAUGAGUUUGGAAAUGGAUUACCUAUCGAAAGCGCCUGGAUUGGGACUAGGGAUUAUAGUUCUCAGUUAGUGGUUCCUGCAGUUUUGGAGUUUGUUAACCGGUUCGAAGGAGGGAUUGAUUGGAUAAUGAAGAGGAACCAUGAUGAAGUGGUGAAGAUGGGGAAGAUGUUGGCUGAGUCUUGGGGGACGAAUCUAGGGUCACCUCCCAAGAUGUGUGCAGGGAUGCUGAUGGUUGGUUUGCCUUCAAGGUUGUGUCUUAAUAGCGAGGAGGAUGCAGUGAGAUUGAGGUCGCAUUUGCGGGAUUAUUAUGAGGUCGAAGUUCCACUUUUUUAUCAGGCUUUGAAGGACGGGGAGGAGGGAGUAAGGGAUAAGGAUGGGUUUAUUACAGGAUAUGCAAGAAUUUCUCAUCAAGUUUAUAAUACAUUGGAGGAUUAUGAGAAAUUUAGGGAUGCUAUUAAUCGGUUAGUUGAGGAUGGGAAAACUUGCAAAAUGCUUUGUAUAGAAUGAAGAGGUAAGGUUUUUGACUUUGUUGCCUGGAAGUCAUAAAGAUUGGAGAAGCCUUCCGCGGAUUAACAUCUGUGUUUUUCCAGCUUUCUGAUGCAUGCUGCUUCUCACAGUUUUUACAGAACCAAAUAAUUGGGAAAGAGCACCGCGCAAGAAAUGGUUAUAUGUGCUUCUUAGAACCGCAAAAAGGUUUUGUAAGAACCUUUGACCAAUGUAGUGUGACACGUUUCGGGGCUUUGUUCUAUCAAUCCCUGUAGUUGGACAAUAAAUCUAUGGAUGCAAGCAUUCUUUAGCAAUCAAUAUGCUUUCAGCUGAAUUUGAUUUUUCAUUCAUAUCUCCAGGGUCUGAGUUUGUACAUUGUUGUAGCCAGUAUAUCCUUAGUUUGAUAUGAAUUUCAUAAAGCAAGCUUGUUUAACAGUAUAUCCUUAGUUGAUACGAAUUUCAUAAAUCAAGCUUGUUUAACAUUUAUCUAGGGAUAGUCAAUUUUCAUAUGUUUCCGCCAAAACAUUUUCGUUGUGCCAUAUUUGCCUUGUCCUUGAGCUGCUCAAUGGCAUCAUGUACUCAUUUGCCCCAGCCCGACAUUUUACGUGAAUUCGUUAAAGGACUUAUUGCCAGUAAUGCAUUGCCUAAUAUAUUGUAUUAGUAACUUGAUGAGCUUAGC